GAAGGUGCAUAGAGAACACAUCCAGAAAGCAUGGCAGGACCUCGGGGAGUCUGAAUCCGAGGGAAAAUAAUCAGAUUACACCCACACACACACUCUUUCUCUUGAGUCUGUUUGAAGCAACAUCGGUAAAUCUCCCCGUGGAGGCCUCACGGAGAGCCGUAGGGCGUCUGAGGCGCGCUCCAGUCCAGCAGGGGGGAAAAAACUGGUCCUGUCCUCCGGCCGCUGGGGGCGCUGUCCUCCCAUCACAGCAGGGCUGUUACUUUUCUGUUUCCGGGUCCUUAGAGAGCAACGUGUGGAGGUAACCCGCAUCUCGGCACCAAAACACUCCGACACUCCAAACCAAAGUGACCGAGCAGGAGCAACUGCAGUCCGGCCUGACACAGCGGAGACACCGGAACAUCCUGCAGCCAUGGGCCCGCCUCGCUCGAAGAAGCGGCGGCCGACGUUUCGCCGCCUGCUGAAGACGAGCGGCGUGAAGCUGGAGAACAAGCUGAAGAACCGCCAGCUGAAGCAGCAGAACGUCGCCAAGAAGCAGCGCAAGGAGCAGAAGAGGCUGAGGCAGGCGGUGAAGGGCGCCGCCGGCGACACGCCCCGCCCCCUGGAGACGUACAGGAAGAGACCAGAGGAGGAGGAGGAGGAGGAGGAGUUUCUGGAGAGCCUGCCCACAGACAUGAUGGAGCAGGAAGACCUGCAGCAGAUGACCGCCAUGGCUCGCCAGGCGUCCUUCAUCACCAGGGACCUGUCGUCAUGCGGGCCGGUGCAUGGUGGGAGGAAGCGGAAAUCGGACGUAGCUCGCAGCUACGAGAAGGUUCCCAGGAAGAUGGCGAGGACGGAGGAGAAGGAAGUGAUCCACCUGCUGCCGAUCAAAGACAAGACGGGCGUGAUCCCACAGAGCGUCGAGAGGGUGGUGGAGAAGCAGCCGGAGGAGGAGGAGCAGGGGGAGGAGCAGGAGGAGGAGCCUGAUGACGUCGACACAGAGGCGGAGCCACCGAGCUGCCAGGAGAUGACACCGGCGCAGAGAGAGCGGCUCAGGAAUCAGAAGCUGAACGAGAGGAAGCUGACCAUCGCCGGCCUGGCGUCGGCCAUUGUGUCGGACCCCAUCGGCAGCAUAAAGCGCGUGAAGGAGCUGAGGGGGAUGCUGAUGGAGGCCGACCCCAGCGUGGCGGUGACGGUCAGGAAGCUGGUGAUGGUUUCUUUGAUGGAGGUCUUCAAAGACAUCGCCCCCACCUACAGGAUCCGACCUCUGACCUCGGCAGAGAAGGCCGCUAAGGUGAAGAAGGAGACGCAGGUGCUCCGAGAGUUCGAGGAGGGUUUGGUGAGUCAGUACAAGUUCUACCUGGAGGACCUGGAGCAGACUGUCAAAGACUGGAAGCAGAAGAAGAAGAAGCGCAGUCAGGCGGUGGCGCUGCAGGCGUACGGCGGGCUGGCCGAGGUCGCCGUCCGCUGCCUGUGCGAGCUGCUCGUCGCUCUGCCUCACUUCAACUUCCACAACAACAUUGUGGUCGUCCUGGCGCCGCUGAUGAACGACUCCACCAAGAAGGUGUCCGGCAUGUGCUGUGACGCGUUCAGGAAGCUCUUCCAGCAGGACAGAGUGGGCGGGGCCUCGCUGGCCACGGUGCGAGUUAUCUCCGGCCUCGUGAAGAGCCUGAACUACAACGUCCGACCCGAGCUGCUGCGGACGCUGCUGAGUCUGAGGAUUAAAGAGGUGGAGAUGAAGAAGGACAUCGAGGCUGCGGCACCAAAGAAGAAGUUCAUGACCAACAAGGAGAGGAAGAAGAACCUGUCGAGGAUGCAGAGGAAGUGGAAGAAGGCUGAGGAGAAGCUGGAGAAGGAGCUGCUGGAGGCCGAAGCCUCAGAGAGCAAAGACAAGAAGAUCAAGCUGCACACAGAGACGCUGAACAUCGUCUUCCUCAUUUACUUCAGGAUUUUGAAGAAGGCUCAGAAAUCAGUUCUUCUCCCUGCAGUUCUGGAGGGGCUCGCCAAUUUUGCUCACCUCAUCAACCUGGAGUUCUUUGAUGACCUGCUCAACGUGCUGCAGGACCUCAUCCAAGCAGGAGAUUUGUCCAAUAAGGAGACGCUGCACUGCAUCCAGACCGUCUUCACCAUCCUGUCAGGACAAGGUGACGUCCUGAACAUCGACCCGCUCAACUUUUACUCUCAGUUAUAUAAACUGCUGCCCAGGCUCCACGCAGGGGGGCCCAAUGAUGACGCCAUCAUUGUACUGCGGUGUCUGGACGCAAUGCUGACCCGCCGCAGGAAGCAGGUGACCCUACAGAGGGCGAUGGCGUUUGUCAAAAGGCUGAGCACGAUCAGUCUGCACGUAAUGCCCAACGCCAGCGUGGGAAUUCUUGCCACCAACCGAGCCACGAUGCAUUCCUUCCCCAAGUGUGACUUCCUGCUGGACAACGAGAUUCAGGGCAGUGGGUUCUACCUGCCGGAGCUCGACGAACCUGAACACUGCAACGCUCAAAACACAGCACUGUGGGAGCUACACACACUGCAGGUACAUUACCACCCCGUCGUGCGGCGGUUUGCAGUCCACCUGAGUCAGGGCGCUCCCUCUGAAGGCUCGGCGGCGCUCAGUGUGGAGCUGAGUCGCAGGUCAUCUGUGGAGCUGUUUGACGACUACAGCAUCAAGGAUAUGACCUUUAACCCCCCUGUAGCAUCACCAAGCCUCAAGAAGAAGGAUCAUUUUGUGGUCGGAGCGACGCUGCUUGACGCCGAGUUGCAGAGAAGAAUCGAGUGCGCCCUGACCCCCGCCAAGGACACACAGCUGGACUUUACUGCAGCGCACACACACAAAACCACCCAGCACUGACACACACACACAUAAAAUAAAACAACAUUUUAUGGCCAUCAGGAGAGGAAGACCUUCAAAAUAAAAGCCCAAAGUGUCUUCAGGGGAGGAGUUGGACUGUUUUCAUCAUGUUGAUGUGAAGAGUUGUGAUGUUGGGCAACCUGAUGAGUCGAUGCGGGGUGCCCAGUUUGAUUGCCAUGACUACGCUGUUUAAAUGUCAGAUAUUAAAAAUAAAGACCAGAAAAACUCUUCUUUAACA